AGUAAGAGGGAAAGAGAGCGAGAGCGGAUCCUCUGGUGUGUGAGGAAACAGACCAAGGAGAGACCUGCUCACACACAGGCACCCACUCCCUGACACUCUCACUCCUUCACUCACUCACUCUCUCUCACUCACUCUCUCUCUCUUCGGCUCUCGCGCUUACACGGAGCAAGAGACGGGGGAUCGUGCGGGGAAGAAUGAGGAAGAAGUCCGCUCUCCAGCGCGCCUUGUCCCAACCAAUGCGGGUUUGCUGAUGAGGCGCCGCUCCAGUCACCCGAUCAUACAGGUCGCUCGGGUCGCGCUGCGUGGAAACGAGGAGUAGGCAACAGCUGACAAACGACAACAAAUAAAGAAAAAGAAUAAUAAAAAAAACUGUCGGUGCAUGGGAAUCCGAACUCAUCACCCCUCCUUCUGCGCGUCUCGGUCGGUGGAUAGAUACGCCGUCUUGGCUUGCGUAUAAGAGCUGCCUGCGCCUCCAUUACCAUUCUCCACCACCACCACCACCACUGCUGCUGCUCCUGCUGCUCCUGCUGCUCCUCCUGCUGUAGUAAAUCUGCGACCACUUCUCCUCUUCUCACUUCUUUUACUCCACUGCUGCCUUUACUACAAACGGCUCCUCUCCGGAUUGCGGACACUCUCUAAACAGAAAGGUUGAAGAUCCUCAUUAAUUGUCUCCUCUCAGUGCUGAUCUGGACAUCACCAUGGGUCGCAGGGAUCGCCCCUCCGUCCUGACCCCUGCCCUGAGGCUAGUCGUCGUCACAGUCCUCCUCCUCGUUCAGAUCCAGCCCUCACUGGCUGGUGCCCCCCCUGAGCCGAACCUGGGCGGCUCAGUUUCGGCAGUAUCCACGAAUAAAACGGAAUGCUCCUUGGCUGAGCGUUGCAUGAGGGGCGUGGUCCUACCUAUCUGGGAGCCCCAAAAUCCAUCAUUUGGUGACAAGGUGGCUCGGGCAACAGUUUACUUUGUCGCGCUGGUCUACAUGUUCUUGGGUGUGUCCAUCAUUGCUGACCGCUUCAUGGCAUCAAUAGAGGUCAUCACGUCGCAGGAAAAGGAAAUCACCAUCAAGAAACCAAAUGGGGAAACCACGACCACUACUGUUCGAAUCUGGAACGAGACCGUGUCCAACCUCACCCUCAUGGCUCUGGGCUCUUCGGCUCCUGAGAUCCUACUUUCUGUCAUAGAAGUCAUUGGUCAUGGGUUCCAGGCUGGCACACUGGGCCCCUCCACCAUUGUGGGCUCUGCCGCGUUUAACAUGUUCGUCAUUAUCGGGCUUUGUGUGUAUGUUGUGCCUGACGGCGAGACGAGGAAGGUCAAGCACCUGCGCGUCUUCUUCGUCACGGCCACCUGGAGUAUUUUCGCCUACAUUUGGCUCUACCUCAUCCUGUCUGUGAUCUCGCCCGGUGUUGUGCAGGUGUGGGAGGGGCUGCUAACGUUCUUUUUCUUCCCCAUCUGUGUGUUGUUCGCCUGGGUGGCCGACCGCCGCCUGCUGUUCUACAAAUACGUGUACAAGCGCUACCGCACGGGAAAGCAGCGCGGCAUGAUCAUUGAGACGGAGGGCGAUCGUCCACUUCCCCCUAAGGUGGAUAUUGAGAUGGAUGGCAAGAUGCUGAACUCCCAUGGUGUUGACUUCCUCGACGGUCCACUCGGUUUGGAUCUAGAUGAGAAGGAUCUGGAUGAGGAGGAAACCCGCAGAGACAUGGCCAAGAUCCUGAAGGAACUCAAACAGAAACACCCUGACAAAGAGGUGGAACAACUUAUUGAGCUUGCCAACUACCAAGUCCUUAGCCAGCAGCAGAAGAGUCGUGCUUUCUAUCGCUGCCAGGCCACCCGGCUGAUGACAGGUGCUGGCAACAUCCUGAAGAAACAUGCAGCCGAUCAGGCACGGAAGGCUGUCAGCAUGCACGAGGUCCGCUCCGAUAUCGGCGAUAAUGACCCCAUCUCCAAGAUCUUCUUUGAGCCUGGUUCUUACCAGUGCCUUGAGAACUGUGGCACAGUGGCGGUGAAUGUGGUGCGGCGUGGCGGUGACCUGGGCAAAACUGUUUCUGUGGACUACCGGACGGAGGACGGGACCGCUAACGCCGGCUCCGACUACGAGUUCACCGAGGGUGUCGUCUUCUUCAAGGCCGGCGAGACACUGAAAGAGAUCCGCGUGGGGAUCAUUGAUGAUGACAUCUUUGAGGAGGAUGAGAACUUCCUGAUUCACCUGUCCAACGUCAAGGUGUUGUCAUCAGAAGGCGAAGAGCCCGAGGAAGGCGAGUCCGCUAAUCACGUGGACUCGGUGGCCUGUCUCGGCUUACCCGCCACGGCUACCGUUACCAUCUUCGAUGACGACCACGCCGGUAUCUUUACGUUUGAGGAGCCUGUAUGCCAUGUGAGCGAGAGCGUCGGCACCAUGGAGGUGAAGGUGCUGAGAACGUCUGGGGCUCGCGGCGUGGUCAUGCUGCCGUACAAGACAGUGGAAGGGACCGCGCGAGGCAGCGGAGAGGACUUCGAAGACAGUCAUGGAAUCCUGGAAUUUCAGAACGAUGAGAUCUUGUGAGUAACUGAUCUUUUUUUUUUUACGCCCUGUGUUUGUGUGAAGUUGCAAAUGUUUAUGCGGAUGAUUUGAGAAAAGUGAGGGUGUGAGUGAGAUGUGGUGGUCGCAGUGGACGGACUGCUCCAUGGGAACUCGACAAAAACAACACUUUCCUGCCCCCGUUUGCGUUUUUCUACCUUGACAUUAAUUCUUUUAUCCUCAUCUGUCUGUUUCAUUCUUCUUUACUUUGGAUUCUGUUGUGCUGCUGUUUUGGUUUUUCUUCAGUGAGAUACUUUGUUUUCUGCAUGCUGGAUAGCUGCACAGUCGGUACCAUUUAGUCACCUUUGUUUUCAUGUCAGAUGGUAUAUGGUUUGAAUUAUUAUCACCUGGUUGGACUGUUCAGCGCGGGUUGCUGGAAGCAUAUACAAAACAGCAGGAACAUAAACAAACAAGCAGCAGGGAAUUGGAGAAACGCCAAGAAGGAGCAUAUUUCUAGUCGCCUUAAUUGAGCUACACAAAGAGUAUCCCAGUUGCCCUUUCAGGUGGCUUUGUACGGUGUGAGAACAUCCCAGAGCAACCUUUUACGCAACUGACUGAAGGGUUUUUGUCAUCUGUUCCUGUGUGAAAAGAUCUCCAAACUCUAUUUAAGGAUCCCUGCUGUAAAAUGCCGCAGCCACAGUUCAAAGCUCUGCUUGGCCUAACAGAGAGGGGUCAUUAUCUGAUGGUAAGGUUCGUGAUUGCUACAUGACCACAUUUCAGGAUGCCAGCUGCUCUACUCUGUAUCCCAGUCCUCUCACAAUGUGGUAAAUUAGCUCUCCGAGCCAACUGUUUGGAUAAUGUUCACCACUUUAGGUUAAAACCAACAGACUUUUCUCUUCUUUUGUUCUUUAAAUAUCUUACUGUCAGUAAUGUUGCAGUGAAUCAGUGCACAAAGGUUGUUUUUUUUGGUUUCUUUUAUUUGAUCAUUCAGCAUUAGGAGGUAAUGUGAUAAACUGAUGAAAACGUUGACUCAGAUAUUGACUGAAUCAAGUGAAUACAUUAGAUGGUGUAUAAGUAUUUUUAAUUUAAGCUGACAUCAAGCUCACAGAGUUGUUACACAAGGCUUGAAUGUCAUGUCAUUACAUAUAUGAAAUGAUUUGUCGGUGCAAAUCUCCAGGUUUAUGAUUGAUGUUACAGUGUGAGGAUGACAAAUUGCCCUGUGAGAGCUGUUCAUUUGACAUCAUCUAAUGGAUGAUGUGUGUGUGUGUGUGUUGGAUCAUGUAUGAAAUUGCUUAUUAUAGGCUAUUUUGACAUGGACUGUAUGCACUUACAGUAUUGAAUACACAUGCAUACUUCACCUGGAAAGGCUCUCACAACGAGAGGUGAAUUUCUUUUUAAUUUGACACAAAUCAAGGGAGGGGCCGUAGAGUUUGUGUGCUGAUGACUGUUUUCUGUAAAACGCUCAAAAAGGCGGAUAACUGGUUUAUGUCCCAUUCUCAUCCUCUCUCACACACACACACACACACACACACACACAUUUGUUGGGUACGCGUGUUCAAGAUGUCAACAGGAAUUACAGUUUGCUGUAAAGCCUUCUCAUCAUGGUGGCCCGUAGGCCUGUAAGACUUGAAGCUUUAGCGAGGAUACAAUAAACUUCACAGUUUUCUGGCCUGUUUUACGAUCUGGGCCAUGUGCUACUUUACGGGAGUUGUCAGCGGUCGUUGAAAAACUGCAGCCUGCUCGUGCAAAAUCCUGUCAAUAACUGAUAUUAGAGUCAUUAUAUUAAUUGGCCUAAUUGCUGUUUAUUAAUUACUUUAAGUACAUUAGUUGUAUGUUGUGAAUAUAACAGGUCAUGAUCCCACAGCUGCAGCUUGAACAAUUUGCUGUUGUUUUAUUUGUCCACUACCCUCAUUUGACCUGACUGCUUUUUGUUGAGUUUUCCUCUGUGAUAGAAGUUUGGCUUCUAUCGUCUGCUGUUAUGGGCUUGUAAAGAUUUAAUGAUGUCAUGUGGGUCCGUUAAAAAAAA